GGGCCUAUUUAUUACUUUUAACUGCACAUUGAAUUCAUAUGUUGUUGUCUAGUGUAGAAAUCAAGUUUGACACACAGAUAAUAGGAGUUACUCAUUAUUGAUUGAGCCAUGUAUCUACCAUUAACCCAGAUAGUGAUCCUGAUUUCCCUUACAAAUGGACAUGUGAUAAACCCUGCGUUUUUCCCCCGACCCCCACACUUCCCCUUAAAUCACGAUGACCUUCAAGUGCCUACUGUGGUAUUGAAAAACAGAAGUUCGGUGAUCCCAACCAUGUCGGAGAUGGACAAACCGGGAAACUCUUUGAUCGACUCCAUCAAAAACACUGUUCAAAACAUCCAUCUCAAGACAUCGACGGACGGAGAAGGUACGAAACUUCCGGCUCAAAUUCGCGGCGUAACUAACGUAUGCAGCGUGAUCUGCCCGAGAUGGUGCGAGAAACAGAGCAGACCUGGGGCGAACGUCACUCACUGCCAUAUCGUAUGCGGCGAUUUGUGCGAGGGGCAGAUGCAGUCCAACAACCCCUACGUGGGCAACCCAUACUUCGAAGUUGUCGCCACCGACUUUGAGUUUGAACGGUAUGACACCGACGGGGAUAAGCGAAUUUCUGUGAACGAGUUUGCAGCAGAAGAAAACGUGCCUGUGGAAGACGCCCAGAAGACAUUUGACUUCUCUGACUUUAACGACGAUGGCUUCAUUGACGUAAACGAGUUUCACGGCGGUCCAUUUAUUUUCACAGUCCAAAUGGCUGCCGAAUUCUCCAACAUGGGACGCAUUGGGCAAAAAGCUGCUGCGUAGUUAAUUAAUUAAAUGCGUGUUGGUAUUAUUUUGUACAUCUUAUUUAACUGACGCUUUCAUAAAUAUUUGCUUUUUUAAGACCUAGAUAACAUUGAUUAUUGCAAUUGUAAAGUUAAAAAAAAAUCAUGACAUGUUGAAAGUUAAACUGAUGAAUAUUUAUAUUUAGAGAAAAUUUCACACCAAUUUGCAGAGUAGAAAAUGCCCUCAAGUAAAAAACAAAAGUCAACCAAAACCACAUAAAUUUCUUAUCGCUUUGAUAUAAUCUACAAAUGUGUGUGUACAUUAAAAUAUGUACAUAAAUGUUUGGUUCGAUCCUCACAUCGGAUUAUUUCAGUGGAUUUAAGCAUGACAACCGAUAAAUUAUUGCAUGCAAAGAUAUUUUUAUGAUUUUAAAUCAAGCAUUUUGUGCUUGUGCGACUUUUCUACAGAUUUUGUAUGUCCUUUUUGCUCAAUCAAAUUCUAAUUCCUCAGGGAUGACUAAAUUAAAAAUAAAAGAUUAUUUUGUUUUACUUCUAAGUAUCGAAUUAAUUAUGUUUUGACACUUGUUAAUAUACAUACAUUUUAAGAAAGAUCACCACAUAUUAAAAUAUUAUUGUAAGGUAUUGUUUAACUGCAAUACUUUUAUGCACAUCUUGAAUUGUAAUGUGUUUUUUGUUAUUCAGUUAACAUGUCUGAACAUAUGAUUAGCAACUUUAUAUACAGAAAACUGCAACAUUUAGGAUAAUCUCAAACAACGGCUAACGUACUGCAAGUACGAACAGAUACACGCAAGAAUAUUAUCGACUUUUCUUUGCAAAUUGAUUUCUAUGUGACAAAUGUUAUUAUAUUUUUUAUAUUUGUUUUAGAUAGUGUUUAUGUCGAUAUAUAUUUGAUGUUUUCUAAUAAAAAUUCAAAUGCGAAUCAUAAAAAGUAAAUGCCUAU